AUGAGUAUGUCCAAAGCUCGUACAACAGACCUCAGGUGCCAGCACAAACCAUGCCUAGCACAUUCGCAACGGGAGGAAAUCCCGGUUCUACUUGGAACUUCUCACAGAUGUCUUUUCGACCACCAUUUCCAGGAACAGGGAAUCUUGGUGCCCCUCCUGUGCCUUUUCCAUAUGCCCCUAACCCAUCCCUCCCUCCACAUCAGACGGGAUACCAGCCACUCGCACCUCCAGGUGUCCCGUCUUCUUCACCUGCUAGUCAUCCAGGCGGUAGUCUUCAUCCUGGUCCAGUGUCACAUCCUCCUUCAAACACUGGUUAUUAUUCUGGGCCUGGGCCAAAUUUUGGACCACCCACAGGUCCACCUCCUGGUAAUAAUUUUGGACCUCGUCCACAUUCUCCUUCACUUUCUGGCUGCCUUCCUAGUCAACAGCCUGGUCAAUAUUAUGGCCCACCCCCUGGUCAACAAUCUGGUCAAUAUUUUGGCCCACCCCCUGGUCAACAAUCAGGUCCACUUUCUGGAUCACUAA